CCUAUCACACUCAUCUGCUCAGCUCUUCUCUGUAGUCUCUCCACUUUACAGACUUCUCAUCUCCAGGAACCAUGUCUACCAAAUCCACCAUCAGGAAUCAAACCAGCCACCGAGGCUUCAGUGCCAGCUCAGCCAGAGUCCCUGGACUCAAUCGUUCUGGCUUCAGCAGUGUGUCUGUGUGCCGCUCCCGAGGCAGUGGUGGCUCUGGGGCCAUGUGUGGAGGAGCUGGCUUUGGCAGCAGGAGCCUCUAUGGUGUGAGGAGCUCCAAGAGGAUCUCCAUCGGAGGAGGCAGCUGUGGCAUUGGGGGAGGCUAUGGUAGCCAAGUUGGAGGAGGCUUCGGCUUUGGAGGAGGAGUUGGCACUGGCAUCGGAUUCGGUGGUAAAGCUGGCUUUGGUGGUGGCUGUGGGAGCUCUGGAUUGCCUGUGUGGCCCCCUGAAGACAUUCAAGAGGUCACCAUCAACCAGAGCCUCCUCACCCCUCUGAACCUGCAAAUCGACCCCACCAUCAAGAGGGUGAGGACUGAGGAGCGUGAGCAGAUCAAGACCCUCAACAACAAGUUUGCCUCCUUCAUCGACAAGGUGAAGUUCCUGGAGCAGCAGAACAAGGUCCUGGAUACCAAGUGGACCCUGCUGCAGGAGCAGGGCACCAAGACUGUGAGGCAGAACCUGGAGCCAUUGUUUGAGCAGUACAUCAGCAACCUCAGGAGGCAGCUGGAUGGGCUCCUAGGGGAGAGGGGCCGCCUGGACUCAGAGCUGAGGAGCAUGCAGGAUACAGCGGAGGACUACAAGAACAAAUACGAAGAUGAAAUCAACAAGCGCACAGCAGCAGAGAAUGAAUUCGUGACCCUGAAGAAGGAAGUAGAAGCUGCCUCCAUGAAUAAAAUUGAACUGCAAGCCAAGACAGACAGUCUGACCGAUGAGAUCAACUUCCAGAGAGAUGUCUAUGAUGUAGAACUGUCUCAGAUGCUUACUCGCAUCUCAGACACCUCUGUGGUCCUCUCCAUGGACAACAAUCGUAGCCUGGACCUGGACAGCAUCAUUGCUGAGGUCAAGGCCCAAUACGAGGAGAUUGCUCAGAGGAGCCGGGCAGAGGCUGAGUCUUGGUACCAGACAAAAUAUGAGGAGCUGAAGGUCACAGGGCGCAGACAUGGGGAUGACCUGCGCAAUGCCAAGCAGGAGAUCCAGAGGCUGAGAUCUGAGAUCAACAACGUCAAGGAGCAGUGUGCCAAACUGCAGGCUGCCAUUGUUGAGGCUGAACAGCGUGGGGAGAUGGCCCUCAAGAAUGCCAGGGGCAAGCUGCAGGGGCUGGAAGAUGCCACGCAGAAGGCCAAACAGGACAAGGUCAGGAUGGUGAAGGGGUACCAGGACCUCAUGAAUGUCAACAUGUUCCUUAAUAUGGAGAUCGCCACCUACAGGAAGCUGCUGGAAGGAGAGGAGUUCAGGUGAGCAUUCACCCCUCCC